CGUACAUCUUAUUCGCCGCCUUCAUUCAAAUCCUGGCUGAAUAGUGUAUUCGCCUCAAAUUCAAUUUCAAAUUAGUCCAGAAAUUUUUUCAAAAUCAACCAUCAAAGAUGAUAAAUUGAAACGACACCACACACUGCCGUCAAACGCCGCUUCAGCAGCUCAUCGCCACCGUCAGCCGGAAUCUCCGGAUUUUCUGGACACCUCCGCCACCGCUCACUCGUCCACUCAGUACCUUCCCCCCAUACGUAUCUGAUUAAAUUUCAUUAGCAUUUUAUGUUGGAUAUCCACCUAGUUUAUUUCUGGCAAUUCUGGGGUUUAUGCGUGAGGAUUUUAGAGUUAUUGGAUUGAAUUUUGAACUGAGGAUUGAUUCCCACUACAGCAUGUCAUUACUAAGUAGAUUCUUCUACAAAAGGCCCCCAGAUGGUUUACUUGAACUUUCCGACAGAGUAUAUGUUUUUGAUUCCUGUUUCUCAACCGAAGUGCUGCCAGAUGAUAUAUACCGACUUUACUUGCAUGAAAUCAUUAAUGAGUUACAUGAGGAAUUCCCAGAAUCCUCAUUUCUCGCAUUUAAUUUUCGGGAAGGAGAGAAGAGGAGCCAGUUUGCAGAGAUAUUAUGUGAGUAUGAUGUCACUGUUAUGGAUUAUCCGAGGCAGUAUGAGGGUUGCCCGUUGCUGCCGCUAUCUUUAAUUCAUCAUUUCCUUCGCGCUAGUGAGAGUUGGCUUUCUCUUGCAAAUUUCCAAAAUGUGGUGUUGAUCCAUUGUGAAAGAGGAGGUUGGCCACUUCUUGCAUUUGUUUUAGCUAGCUUCUUGGUUUUUAGGAAGUUGCAUAGCGGCGAAAGAAAGACUCUUGAAAUGGUUUACCGCGAAGGUCCAAAAGGCUUGUUGCAGCUAUUAUCCCCAUUGAAUCCGUUUCCAUCUCAGCUUAGGUAUCUGCAAUACAUAUCGAGGAGAAAUAUAUCCCCUGAGUGGCCUCCGCCUGAGAGGCCUCUUUCAUUAGACUGUAUCAUUCUUCGUUCAAUUCCAAGGUUUGAUAAUCAGAAAGGGUGCAGACCUAUUGUCCGUGUUUUCGGUAGAAAUCUCCUUAGUAAAGAUGGACUAUCAACCCAAAUGCUUUAUUCCAUGCAUAAGAAGGGUAGACAUGUUCGUCAUUAUCGCCAAAAAGAUAGUGAUGUCAUCAAGAUUGAUAUACAAUGUUUAGUGCAAGGGGAUGUGGUAUUGGAAUGUGUUCACUUUGAUUUAGAUCCAGAAAGGGAAGUUAUGAUGUUCCGUAUAAUGUUCAAUACAGCUUUUAUUAGGUCUAAUAUAUUGAUGCUCAACUCUGAGAACUUGGAUAUCCUUUGGGACUCAAAGUCCAGGUUUCCUAAAGGCUUUAGGGCUGAGGUGCUAUUCGGAGAUGUUGAGAGCCGGUCUCCCCCCAAAGCUCAUACGUCGAUGUUGAAUGGAGAGGAGAAAGGUGGACUGCCCAUUGAAGCUUUUUCCAGGGUGCAAGAGUUUUUUAAUGGUGUGGAUUGGGUUGAUAGUAAUGAUGAUGCUGCAUUAUGGUUACUUAAGCAGUUAUCCGUGCUGAGUGAUGCCAAAGAUUUGUCGAUGUUGAGGAGGCUGAGUGGUUAUUCAUCGCCUCUUGAUUCUGAAGAAGAAAACAACGCUUCCAGCAUUGCUGAUAGUCUUGAUUUACUGGACGCAGAGAAAGCCAUUGCACCUGAUUUCAAUUUGAUGGAUGAUCGUUCAUCAUUUGAUUCUACAUUGGAGGAUGCCUCUGAACUCAGGGCCUAUGAGAAUCAAAUUAAGCCAAUAAUAUCGACCCCUAUUGAUCUUACCCAGCCUAUGACUACUGGUGACAGGCAGUUAGAUUCUCCUGCUAUUUGUGAACCUUUGAUGGAAAUGGAAAGUUCAGAUACAAAACUUUCAACUAAUAUUCACCCACCAUUGCAAACCUCCUCUGCUUCUGAUUCUAAUACAGGAUUUUCUCAACAACCUGUUACUGAUAUCAAAGAACUUCCUCCUUCUUCUCCCACUGAUUCGUCUGAAGGGCCGCUACUGCCAGCUCCUUUUUCAAUUGAUAGUUCUAGUGACAUCCCCUCUCCUCCACCACUUCCUUCUUCAACCGGUUCCAGUAAUAUACCACAAAUACCAUCUAGUGAACCACACAUGGGUUUUGGACAAGCCCCUCAGGCCACUAGCAUGCUACCACCACCACCUCGUCCAUUACCCAGUAAGAGUGAAGUCAUUCCACUUACCCCACCACCUCCACCUUCAUUUGGAUCAAAUUAUUCAUCAGAUAUGUCAACUUCACAGUCGACAUCACUUGUUAGCUGUGUCAAUACACCACCACCACCUCCUAGUCAUGGUCCAGCAAUAGCUCCAUCUCCAUCUCGUGAUUCAGUCACAAUCCCUCCACCACCUCCUCCUCCUCCAGAUAGUGGGUCAGUAGUACCUCCACUUCCACCUCCUACGCCAACAGCAGCUCCACCUCCACCUCCACCACCGCCUCCACCUCCCAGGACAACAGCAUCCCCACCUCCACCACCGCCGCCGCCUCCACCUCCACCUCCCAGGCCAACAGCAUCCCCACCUCCACCACCGCCUCCACCUCCCAGGCCAACAACAUCCCCACCUCCACCACCGCCUACACCUCCCAGGCCAACAACAUCCCCGCCUCCACCACCACCACCACCACCACCUCCACCUAUUCCUCCUUCCGGUGGUGGGUUAGUAGCAAUUUCUCCUCCACCACCACCUCCCCUGCCGCCACCUUCAAGUCUUGAUUUAAUAGCAGCUCCACCUCCACCUCCACCUCCGCCAUUGCCAGGACGUGGUUCAGCACCUGCUCUAUCUCCACCGCUUCCAGGGCGUAGUUCAGCUCCACCUCCACCUCCACCACCGCCACUUCCUGGGCGUGGUCCAACACAUGCUCCACCUCCACCCCCACCUCCACCACUUCCAGGGAGUGGUUUAACACCUGCUCCUCCUCUACCCCCACAACUGCCUUCUCGUAGUUCAGGAGAAACUCCAUCUGCACCACCACCACCUCCUCAUGCAGGUCGUGGUUUAGCACCUAUCCCACCUCCACCACCUCCUCCAGGCCAUGGUUCGGCCUCAGCCCCAGCCCCACCUCCACCACCUCCUGGUCGUGGUUCAGCUCCUGUGCCACCUCCACCACCUCCUGCUCGUGGUUCAGCUCCUGCCCCACCUCCACCACCUCUUGGUCGUGGUUCAGCUCCUGCCCCACCUCCACCACCUCCUAGUCGUGGUUCUGCUCCUGCUCCACCUCCACCGCCUCCUGGACGUGGUUCAGCUCCUGCUCCACCUCCGCCGCCCACGAUUCAAGGUUCAGCACCUCCUCCACCUCUAGGUCAUGGUUCACGAUCCGCUCCUCCACCUCCUGGAGGAAAGAGCUCCAGUGUGCCUCCACCUCCAGCUUUAGGAAGAGGCAGAGGUUUGCCCUCAGCGAAAGCAAGAGGUACUAGUGGUUCUUCAAUCCCCCCUAAGAAAACUUCACUAAAGCCCUUGCAUUGGGUGAAAGUCACUCGAGCGAUGCAAGGGAGCUUGUGGGCUGAUGCUCCGAAACAAGAUAGUCAGUCCAGGGCACCUGAAAUUGAUAUUUCUGAGCUUGAGAGCCUUUUCUCAAUGGCUUCUGCUUCAGAUGCUGCUAAUAAGGGCGCAGGCCCACGUGGUUCCAAAAUAAACAAGCCAGAAAAAGUGCAAUUGAUUGAUUUGCGUAGAGCCUAUAAUUGUGAAAUCAUGCUCACAAAAAUUAAGAUACCCCUGCCAGAUAUGAAUAAUGCAAUCCUGGCUUUGGAUUCCUCUGCAUUGGACAUUGAUCAAGUUGAAAAUCUUAUAAAAUUCUGUCCUACUAAAGAAGAAAUGGAGACACUAAAGAAUUACAGUGGGGACAAGGAGAUGCUAGGAAAGUGCGAACAGUUCUUCCUGGAACUAAUGAAAGUUCCACGAGUUGAAUCCAAAUUAAGAGUAUUUGCUUUCACAAUAACUUUUAAUAGUCAGGUGAAGGACCUAAAAAAUAACUUGAACACAAUCAAUGAUGCUGCUAGGGAGGUUAAGGAGUCUGUGAAGUUACGAAAAAUUAUGCAGACAAUCCUUACACUGGGAAAUGCACUAAACCAGGGUACAGCUAGAGGUAUACCUUACUAUAAAAAACUUCCUAUAUUGUUGAUAUAUUCCUGUUCCAUUAUAAGAUUUCGAAUUGCAACUUAUCUUCUAACAACUUGCACUGCAGGCUCUGCUGUUGGAUUCAAGUUGGAUAGUCUUCUCAAACUUUCUGAUACUCGUGCAAGAAAUAACAAAAUGACCUUAAUGCAUUACCUAUGUAAGAUUCUAGCUGAGAAGAUGCCAGAGUUGCUAGACUUCAGUAAGGAUAUUGUACAUUUGGAACCAGCGUCCAAGAUACAAUUAAAAUCUUUGGCUGAAGAAAUGCAAGCUGUUAGCAAAGGCCUUGAAAAGGUCGAACAGGAACUACUUGCAGCAGAGAAUGACGGUGCUGUAUCCUCAGGCUUUCGGAAGGUCUUAACAAGUUUCCUCCACACUGCUGAGGCGGAAGUUAGGUCACUUAUCAACCUUUACACUGAAGUGGGGAGAAAUGCAGAUUCGCUGUCACAGUAUUUUGGUGAAGACCCCGCAAGAUGUCCCUUUGAGCAAGUGACUCAAACUUUAGCAGUGUUCACUAAGCUGUUCAAUAAAUCGCAUGAUGAGAAUGAGCAGCUGGCAGAUGCUGAAAAGAAGAAACUGGAGAAGGAAGCACUCAAGGAACAAGCAGCAUCAAAUUCCCCUGCAUGGAAGGACUCUCCUGCACGGAAGGAAGGCAUUGAUGCCCUUCGUGCAAAAAUUAAUGCUCGUAAUCAGAAACAAGCUUCUUGAUCAAUCCCUUGCGCGGAGCAGCAGGUAUUCGUUUCAGGCUCAUCUCUUCCGUGCAAUAUCUACAAGUUUAGCAUGCAUUUCUGCCGUUGAAUUGAAUCCCUCAAUCAAUCAACCGCGGAUUUCGACUGCCUCUGCAGCAGCUAGUGCAUACGAGCAUUCUUUCCAAAUGUACAAACUGUACAUUGGUAUUGCGUAGAGGAGGCAGAGAUUUUGGGAGGCAAUUUCGAUUGUUUGAAUUCGAUUAGCCAUAUAUAUAGAAAGGAUCUGUUAUGUAUAUCUAUUGUUCUUGUACAUAACAUAUCCCUUUUCUAAAAAGAAAUGUACGGAUUGGACUACAUGCUAUGUUUAUAUAGUAAAUCUCUACGAUUUAUAAUA